AAGAAGAGGAGGAUAACCGUUCUGCCACAUUAACCACUCCGGACCUAACCAUCGACGAUCUCUAUCAUUUAGUCCUCAAUAUGCAAAAGGGAUUUCAGCUACAAAUGAAUGAGAUGAGCACACAAAUUAGUGUGUCUGGAACUGCUUCGAGCGUGCGAAGCGUCACCCGACAGAUGGAAAAAUACGGUGGAAACGGAAAGUGGUUCCACAAUGA